AUGGAUAUCCUCAAAGCUGAAAUUGCUAGGAAACGAAAACUUCUAGAAGAGCAGAACAUACUUAAUUCAUCGAAAAAAUACUUUAAAAGAGGAGAACUUCUAGCCAAAGAACAAGAAGAAUAUUUUAAAAAAUAUGGCCCAAGUAAUAAAGAAACAGAAGAAAGUAAAAAAACAGAGAAUGUUGAAAACGUUAAAAAACAAGAAAAUGAAACUGAGCAAACUGAAAGUGUUUCUUUGCCUAGAGGUGAAGUUAUAAAAAGAUUAAGAGAAAGAGGCCAUCCAAUAAUAUUAUAUGGAGAAAAUGAACUUCAAUCGUUUAAGAGGUUAAGAAGAAUUGAAAUACAAGAGCCAGAAGCUAACAGGGGUCUACGAAAUGAUUUUCAAGAAGCUAUGGAUAAAGUAGAUCAAGCUUAUCUCAAUGAAAUUUUAGCAUUGGGAACACAUAAUGAUAAUGAAAAAUCGCAAAAUGAAGAUGACUUAGAUGACUCGGUGACAUAUGAAUCAAUACAAGAAAUGGCUAAAACUAUGGGACAAGGUGACAGAAAUCAUGACAUGAACGUUAUUAUGACACUAUUACAAUUCCUCUUAAAGCUAUGGGGGCAACAACUAAAUUCAGCAAAUGCAUCAGAAAAAACUGCAAUCAAACAUAAAAUGACAAGAGCUACAUACACUCAAACACAAGUAUAUCUUAAACCAUUGAUGAGAAAAUUAAAAAAAAAGAACUUACCAGAAGAUAUUUGCGACAGUCUCAUGGAAAUAACAAAACAUUUAUUAGAAAGAAAUUAUAUCAUGGCAAGUGAUGCAUACCUACAGAUGGCUAUAGGUAAUGCCCCAUGGCCUAUUGGUGUCACCAUGGUCGGUAUUCACGCUCGUACUGGUCGGGAGAAGAUUUUCUCGAAAAACGUCGCCCAUGUAAUGAAUGACGAAACUCAAAGAAAAUAUAUACAAGCAUUGAAAAGGCUCAUGACAAAAUGCCAAGAAUAUUUUCCUACUGACCCAUCUCGAUGUGUAGAAUACAGUACAACUCGA